AUGUGCAUACAGCAGAACGAGACAGAACAACAGACCAAUGAAAACGCCACCCUCUUUGGCGGCUUCUCUUUUGACCGCCAAAGGAUCCCCGUGGCGACAUCGAGUAAAAAGCCCUCGUCUGCACCUGCCAGAAAUGCCAGCGAUGAAGCGGCAUCCUUCCGGCAGCAGAAACUGGAAUUCCAGCGCCGGAUCAUUGAAAAGAAGCAGCGGCGCAAGCGCCAGGAACCUCUGAUGGUGCAGGCCAACAUGGACUCCAAAGUGAAGGGGCGCCGCAGGGGGGGCAAGCACGAGGAACGGGUCCCGCUCAUGGAGUCUUGCAGCGAGCACAGCUUGUGCAAUGGUACAAACAAUCCUUUCCUUGUGGAAUCCGUCCCAGAGGCCCACUUUGGCAGUCACCUAUGGGGCAGCUCUAUGCAAGUGAAUCGGAUCCACAAUGGCCAAGGAGAAAACGGAGAUUUCUCCGAUGAAGUGGAGCUGGAAGAGGCCAUCUUGGAAGAAACCCAGCCUAUCAGCAAGAAGGAGUUGGAGCCCAAGAAAGGCUGGCAGGCCAAGCAGAGAGAAGGGCGAUCCAGUGGCCAGAGGCAUGGGCAGGCUUCCAGAUCCAAGAAAGAAUUUUUAUCUCCAAGCCGAGACGUACCGUCUGUCAUCAUGGAUGUGGAGGAUCCCAAGGACAGCCCCCCGAAUGAAGGCGCGGAGUCUGCAGGGUCUGAGGAUGCUUGCAGCGAACUGUAUAACACCUGUUCUCUCCAAAGCACCUCUGAAAGUGAGGAAGAGUCCUUCCGGGAACUGACUGUACCGCCCGCGCCCAUGAAGAAGCCCCGCGCCAGGAUACUCGUCCACCGAGGGUCUCUCACCAAUGGAACGAGGAGUGUGAGUGAGGAUGAUGAAGCAGAGGAUGAAGAUUUCAAGGAGGAGGAUCAGGACACGCUGAGCAGGGUCAUGUACACCCGCGAGGAGAUUGGAGUGUCUAAUACUCCAAGUGGGGAAUCGAGCAUCCCGCUGUCCCUCCAGGUGGACGACAUAGAGGCGUUUGUUCUCAAGCCUUGUCCUCAAGGGAGCACGAUCCAGUGUCGCAUCACCCGGGAUCGGAAGGGAAUGGACAAAGGCAUCUUCCCUUUCUACUACCUGCAUCUUGAGAUGGAAAAUGGAAAGAAGCGUUUCCUCAUGUCUGGACGGAAGAGGAAAAAAAGCAAGACUUCUAAUUACCUCAUUUCUCUGGAUCCCAUCGAUCUGUCACGGGGCGGGGAGAGUUUCAUUGGAAAAGUCAGAUCAAACGUGCUGGGGACCAAGUUUACUGUGUUUGACAACGGAACAAGCCCGGACAAGAAACCUUUUGUUCCCGAAUCAGCCCAGCUGCGGCAAGAGCUGGUUGCCAUUUGCUAUGAAACAAAUGUCUUGGGCUUCAGGGGCCCACGGAAGAUGACAGUGAUCAUCCCUGGCAUGACCUUGGACAAUGAGAGGAUCUGUAUCCAGCCUAAAAAUGAACACGAGACCUUACUGACUCAGUACCAGAACCGGAACAUGCAGAACCUGAUCAAACUCCAUAACAAGAUGCCUGCCUGGAACGAGGCAACCCAGUCGUACAUCCUCAACUUUCAUGGCCGUGUCACCCAGGCCUCCGUCAAGAACUUCCAAAUCAUCUCAGACGACGACCCCCAGUACAUUGUGCUGCAGUUUGGCCGUGUGGCGCCUGACGUGUUCACCAUGGAUUACCGCUACCCGCUCUGUGCGCUUCAGGCCUUCGCCAUCUGUUUGUCCAGCUUUGACGGGAAACUAGCUUGCGAGUAGAGGCCCGACCCAACCGCUG